AUGGGAUUAUUCUGGCAAAAUGAAAGGAGGCAACGCUUCGAACUUGAAUCCGAUAAAUCCUAUCUGUCUCUCGGAGACAUCAAGCCUCUUCCCCCGAUAGGUUCUGAAGGUGAUUUUGAUUUUAACAAUUUCCAAGCUGAAGCUUCACACGCUCAGCCGAAGCCUUUUACACCGAACGAAUCCACACCAACGUUUACGUUCUCUGGGAGUAUGCAAAGCGUCCCUAAAACCAAUGCCCCACAGAAUGCCCAAGAGAGCGCGCAACCGACCGCAGGGGAACCAAAGUCCUGGUCAUUCAAUGCAAAGACCAAAAUUCCACAAAUUCCAUCCCACCAGAAAUUCUAUUCGACUAGAGAUGCUUUGAAAUUCCAGGAGCCCGGCCUGAUCUCUGCAUUCUCUGACAUCCCAGCAGAAGAAUAUCCACAGUCAAAGUUUUUCUCCUCGACAUUUCAGGCCGGCCUGUUUCUUGGAUUGCAGCUAGCUAAAGAUUCUGCGGCCUUGAUGGAACAACUUCUCGUGCAUCAGGAAUCAUACGAGUGUGCCAUGGAUUCUAAUCAGGUCAAUUCUCAACUUACGCAAAUGAAACGCGCUGGUGAAUUGAACAACUUUUUCAACACCGAAACGAUUGCAUUCCUGGGGAGCACCCUAGCGGGAAAAAGCAGUUUAAUCAACUCACUGCUCGACUUCCCGAGACUUGCCAUAGCCGACGACUUUGGCUCAGCUGUUACUUCAAUUGUCACUGAAUAUAGACAAAUGAAGCCCGAUCAAAGCCAUCGGAUCCGAGUUGAAGUCGAGUAUUUCUCUGGAGUGGCCAUGGAAGAUCAUGUCAAUGAGCUGUUGUGGAGUUUCCGCCGUGCGUUUCUUCCAGAUGUUGCAAAGGAUUCAUUGAAUGCCACCGAGUGGAAAGAAAUUAAAGAAGCGUGGUCUGCUCUAGAGUCUGUAUUUGGAAGCGAGCAAGAAUUUAACCGAAAGUUCUUGUCGGAUAAAUCAGAGGGGGCUUUUGAGAAAAUCUCAGCUCAACUGAUCGAGUGGACGAAGACAAUCCCAUGGCCUACUGGUGCAUCUGAUGGGAAGUGGGUGACAUACGCAGAAACUGCGGAGGAGUUGUGCACAAAAAUAAGCCUGUUCAUGCAGGAUAGGAUCUGGCCCUUGACAAAAAUCAUGCGGGUAUACAUUGACGCACCAAUUCUGAGAGCAGGUCUUGUCAUCGCAGAUUUACCUGGACUUCUUGAUACAAGUCUCGCGAGGGUUAAAGCGGCACAGGAGUAUCUUUCCAGAUGUGAUCGUAUCUUCCACGUCACUGAUAUACGUCGAGCAUUGACCAACGAGCUUCUUGAGUCCUCCUUAUACUCUAGGCCUUCCCAUGAUGCAUUAACAAGUGAGGGGGAGUCCAAAAAUAGAUGGUCACGUACUGCGGUCAUUUGUACCAUGUCCGAUGUGAUUGAUGAAGCAGGAGCCGAGAGAAACUUGCGAACUCCUGGAAAGGGUUCUGGAAAAAUGAGCUUGCUGGAGGCAAUUGAAGGCAUAGAAGAUGAGAUUAGGAAAGUGGACACAAAGAAAGAUCCAGUUCACAUGACAGAACUCCAGUGGAAGAAGAAAACGCUCCUCAUUAAAGCUCGAAACGGACGCGUAGAAGAUGGACUCAAACUAAUGUACAAGGGCAGCCCGGAGGAGGAAGAUCUGAACGUUUUCUGUGUUUCGAACCUAUUUUAUGGCGAGUACCGAUCUCAAGAGUCAGUUAUGACGACUCAUGACAAAGGAGUUAUCAGUGGUAUCCCUGCUCUGCGAAAGUUCUGCUACUCUACGCUUGCGGAUGCGAGGCUGCAGGAAGCCAAAAACUUCCUUCUUACUACGUUGCCAGGCGCGCUUGUUUCGAUUGGGUUGCGCAGUCAGUCAUUGGAAGCUGCGCCUUCUUGCUCGAUUAAAAUGAUUCUUGAGAAGGUCGAAUCCGCAAAAGAAGGUAUUUUAUAUGAUCUCGAAGGAUAUAAUGGUGAUUUCCAGCAGUUAUUCGACACAUCAGUGAUCGCAUAUGCCGAGACCCAUCGGAAAGACUGGCAAAAGGCGGCAAGUCAGACAGGACUGCAAUGGCUGGACUUACCAUGGGUUGAAUAUCAAGCCUUUUGCCGCAAAAAUGGUAAACACUUGAAUUUAUUCAAUGAGCCUGUGGAUUGGAACAGUGAACUGAUUAAGGAAAUGCGACCUGAGCUGAGCGAAAGGUGGAACAUGCUGGAAAGAAGCCUCUAUGCAACAUCUCUGGAAAUUCGUGUACAGAUUAAAGAACGCUUGCGGGGGCUGAAGCUUGUCUUUAUGGGCCACGGCAAAGCCAAAGCUCUACGUGAAAAGAUUCAAGGCCGAAUCGACAAUGGAAGACUUUUUCCGAACAUCAUUUCAGCUGUCUCAAGGGGAAUGGAAGCUGCAUCUCGAAAGGCUUUUCACGAAAUGGCAACAAAUAUUACUGACGAAAUCAUUGCUUCUAUCGUUAGAGAUGUCCGUUCAGUCUAUUCGACCAUCAGCCUUGCGAAGAAACCGGUCGAUGAACACAGCGGACAAAUGCCGGCGGAAACUCUGUCUUUGGAAAUGCUUCAAUACAAGUGCCGCUACUUGAAUCAGCGAUAUAAAUGGAUCAUCAAACAGAUUGAAUAG